UCCCCUCGUCUCCCCAAUCGUUAGCGCAAUCCCCUCGGUCUCCUCAGUCGCCGCCGCUCCCCGAGCUCGUAUCAAUCAGCGAUCCCCUCAUGGCUUCACUCCAUCCCCGUCCCUCAGCAUCAAGGCUUGCUCAGCAUCUCCCCAAUUCCCCUCUCUCCUCCACGGGAAGCCAUGGAGCCGACGAGAACCUAACCGCAAUCCAUCUCCUGAUCUCCCUCAGGCCCUCCCCAAAUUCCCCUGUUUCUUCACGCCUACAGUCGCUGCAGGUUAUGGUGGUGUCGAGCAUGGCAACGGCUUGCCUGUGACGUGCGUGGCGGCAGGAGGGCCAUUCUAGGCUGUAUUACCACGGCAAGUCGGCCACAUCUACAAAGCCUGAUGGCUCCAACUCUCCGCUCUAGUGGCAACGCUGGCCGAUCAUUGGCUUCUCAAGAUGGAGCAGAAUGUUCAGCUGUGGCUGGUUCAGGGAAUGGGAAUGAAAUCUCCGUUGAUGCUUCGGUGUUUCAACAUGCUACUCCAACAUCUGAAGUUGCUACUCCGGCAUCUCAAGCUGCUACUCCGGCAUCUCAAGCUGCUACUCCGACAUCUCAGGUUACAUCUGGUAGAGUUAGUUGUAAGAGGAAGCUAACAUCUGCAGUAUGGCAAGAGAUGGAGCCAAAAUUUGAAAAUGGAGGAUGGAAAGCCGAGUGCAAUUACUGUCACAAAAAAUUUGCUUCGGGACCUAGAGCUGGCACCACUCACUUGCGUUCGUAUUUGGAUUCUUGUCCUGCUAGGCAUGCACCUAUGGGCCCAAAGCAACAAAAAUUAAGGUUGACAAAAGGUGAAGGUGGCAAAGUGAAUGUAGAAAACAUCAUUUUUGACCAAGAGAAGGCCAGGAAAGAUCUUGCAUUGAUGAUAUGUGAACAUGAGUACCCUUUAUCUAUUGUAGAUCAUAGUGGGUUUCGCAGAUUUUGUUCUUCUUUGCAGCCACUAUUUAAGAUGGUGUGCAGAAAUACUAUUAGGAAUGAUAUUGUGGCUAUGCAUUCUGCUCAAAGGGAGAAGAUGGUGAAUUUCUUUGCAACUUUCAAACACCGAGUGGCUAUCACUACAGAUUUGUGGACAUCAGGCUAUCAAAAGAGAGGUUAUAUGGCUGUUACUGCACACUAUAUAGAUGAUUCUUGGAACCUGAAGAGCUUUCUUAUGAGGUUUGCUUAUGUGCCAUGUCCACAUUCAGCUGAAGUUAUAUGUGAAGCCUUGUAUGAAUGUCUCGUUGAGUGGCACCUUGAGAGGAAGAUCUCCACCAUCACUUUGGACAACUGCACAUCAAAUGACAAGGCUAUGGAUAUAUUACCAGAUAAGUUGGACACAAGCUCUCUCAUGAUGAAUGGUCAACUAAUGCAUAUGAGUCCUGGGUCUUCUGGGUGGUAAUUGUAGUAAUUAUAAAAAAGAAUAAAUAUGGUUAGUGUGGUAAUUGCAUGAUCUAUCAUGAAUCACACGUGGACACUACUUGGCAUUACGGUCACCAUUCUAUACAUACAGUGUUCAAAAAAAUCAGUGGAAGUCAACCAACGUAAUUUGCUACAACAACAUAAAUGGCCUUGCAUGUACAGAGGUGUUAUAGACCUGCAACCUGGCAAUCCAUAUUGAUUACUAUUCAGAAAUGAGGUUCCAUUCAGCCUGGCUCCCUAGUAUUUUGCUUGAUGCACAACUAAUAUUUUUACUGCAAUAUGUAACAACAAAACAUUACACACACCAGCAGUAGCUCCUUGGUAGUCAGUACUACAGAUAGUGUUAUCUCUGUUAGGUCCAAAAUCAUGUUGACAAAAUUGGGAACGCGAAUAAAGUGAUAUCCAUCGACUGAAGCACUGAAUAUGGGAAUAUAUGUUUCAGACGUAAGACUAAAGAAAUGUGAGAUAAAGUUCCCUAUUCACCAAAAGAUUAAUGAGUACCAGGAGAAUCAACCACUGACCCACAGUCCCAAGUUAAAUCAAAAAUGAUAAUCAUAGUCCAAAACAAUCGAAUGAAAGUUGAAACUAAUAUACCAUAGUUGCUAACCAAAGGUUGGGCAUCACUAUUACCUAGAGGAGACGUGCUGUGGAUCUGGCUUCUGCAAAAUGUGUGAACAUGCACUACUUGUAAAUCUUCUUGUUCUAUAUAGGAGAAAAAAAUAAUUAAUAUUAUUAAACCUGAUACUGAAAUAUAAGUAAAGCGCUGAGUUAGCUAGAAACAUAUAUCUUUACAUAAGAGCAUAUAUAGGAGAAACAUAUCUAUUUACAGAUACUUCUAAUGAAAACUAUGAGGCACAUAACACAAGUUGGUUCCAGAAGUACUACUUAUACCAUGUGAAAAAGAAUCAUAAUUUCCAGAAGUACUAUCUUAUAAUCUCGUGCAAGUAAUACUAAUUCAGAUGUCAUCAAUACAAUAACCAAUUCAGGAACCAUAGUGUUAGCCUAAAAUCACAAUUAUUUCAGGUUUAGCAGAUGUUUUUCAACGAAAGCACAGUUGGAGCACAUUUUUCAUACUCUUGGGCAGCUACUGAACCAACCUAUACAUACAGAUUUCUCCUUCAUGUAAAUAAACGAAAAAGCAAUUCUAAGUUUCUAGCAAUCAAAAUAGAAACUACUUCUCAUGAUUCUAAAUGUUAUGUAGUGAUAUGAUAUGAAAUUAGACAGUAUACAGAAGAUGUAGAUUUUACUGAUGUAGCUCAUCAGUUUGGUUUCAACUUGACAAAUUGUGAUGAUCUCGGGUAUUUCUCUUCUAUUCAUCUUCUCUUCUAUGUUUCUUCUUCUCUAGUGCUCUUUCCGUGGAGUGCUAAAGCAGCAGCAACCACGUCACGCCUUCCUCCCUCUUUCGUCGUAUCAGAUCGGCGGGACCUAGGGGCGGCGAAGAGAGGCGCGCGAAGGAUGAAGUGGAGCGG